UCCCCACUUGCAAGAAUCUCAAAAGUAGCAGACUUUAUAUUUCCUUCCUCAGUUGGCUCCUCCUCCUCUUCUUCUUCUUCUUUUCUUCUUAUUCUUAUUCAUCUUUUUUCUGUGCGCAACAGAGUGUAACUAACAAUGGGAAGAGGAAAGUUUAAGGGAAAGCCAACUGGUCGCCGCCAGUUCUCCACUCACGAGGAGAUGAUUGCUGGUACUUCUGCUCGUCCUCGCACAUUUAAGAAGGUAGAGGCUGAACAUGAGGAAGAUGAGAGAUCGGAGGAGUCUGAGGAGGAGUCUGAAGAAGAAUCUGAUGGAGAGACAGAAAAGAGGAAAGGUACAGAAGGUAUCAUUGAGAUUCAGAACCCUAAUUUGGUCAAGCCAAAGAACCUGAAAGCUAAAAAUGUUGAUAUUGAAAAAACAACCGAGCUUUCAAGACGUGAGAGAGAAGAGAUAGAGAAACAGCAGGCUCAUGAAAGGUACAUGAGGCUGGAAGAACAAGGGAAAACAGAGCAAGCGAGGAAAGAUUUAGAUCGGUUGGCUCUCAUACGACAACAAAGAGCAGAAGCUGCAAAAAAGCGAGAGGAAGAAAAAGCUGCCAAAGAGCAGAAGAAGCUGGAAGCCCGCAAGUAACGAUACCAAUCAACUAUUCCUCAAAUACAAGAUAUUUCCCUACCACAAGUUCAUCAUAUCAAGGCAUAUUACAGUUUGUUUUUCCUGGUGAUUGGAUAACCCUUCCUUUUCGUCGACACUAUUGCCUUGUUUAAAAAGUAAAGAGUUAAGUAUUACAAUUGAAGCAUGAAUUUUAGGGCUCUGAAUCUGUAUACAAAUGGUGCAGACUGGCCUUAACAUGAAGAAUCUUGAUAAAGAUUUCACGCUUUUUUGCUGAAAAAAGCAUCUUUCUGGUACUAUCUUAGCCCGCUGGUACUAUCUUUCUGGUUAUGUUGUUACUAUUCUAUUGUCGCAUUUCAUCUUC